GAAUCUGAUUUGCUAAAUCGGAGGAACGUAUUUGGCUCAAACACUUAUCCUCGGAAAAAAGGAAGGAGCUUCUGGAGGUUUGUUUGGGAAGCUUGCCAAGACCUUACCCUGGUUAUUUUGAUGGUAGCUGCAGUGGCUUCCUUGGCCCUGGGUAUAAAGACAGAGGUUAGCUUUGGCGGGGCACAUUUACCUGCGUACACUUUUACAACUAUCAGUGACUAUAAGCAAUCUCUUCAGUUUCAAAAUUUAGAUGAGGAGAAGAGAAACAUACACUUGGAGGUUGUUAGAAGAGGUAAAAGAGUUGAAGUUUCAAUAUAUGAUGUCGUUGUGGGUGAUAUUGUACCCCUCAACAUUGGAGAGAGCAAAAUUGUGCACAAGAAUUCUAAGGAACCAUUCCUUAUGUCUGGAUGCAAGGUGGCUGAUGGAAGUGGAACUAUGCUGGUAACCAGUGUUGGGAUUAAUACCGAGUGGGGAUUGCUAAUGGCAAGUAUUUCUGAAGACACUGGUGAAGAGACACCGUUGCAGGUACGCUUGAAUGGUGUCGCAACUUUCAUUGGUUUUGUUGGACUCAGUGUAGCUUUUGCUGUCUUGGUGGUUCUUUUAGUCAGAUACUUCACUGGCCAUUCAAAAAAUGCUAAUGGAACUGUGCAGUUCACUGCUGGCAAGACUAAAGUUGGAGCAGCUGUUGAUGGAGCCAUUAGAAUUCUUACCGUUGCUGUUACAAUUGUGGUUGUUGCAGUGCCUGAAGGACUUCCCUUAGCUGUUACGUUAACACAUUUGUUUGAGGCUUAUGUCGGCGACAAGAAAAUUGAUCCUCCUGACAGCAGCUCACAAUUAUCUCAGACACUAACCUCAUUGCUUGUUGAAGGCAUCGCACAGAACUCAAAUGGUAGUGUUUUCACUCCGGAGGGUGGUGGAGAUGUGGAGGUUUCUGGGUCACCAACAGAGAAGGCAAUUCUUAAUUGGGGAAUCAAGCUUGGUAUGAAAUUUGAUGCUGUCAGAAAGGAGUCAUCUAUCAUUCAUGUUAUCCCAUUCAACUCAGAGAAAAAACGAGGCGGUGUUGCUAUACGAUUGCCGGACUCAAAAGUGCAUAUUCACUGGAAAGGAGCUGCUGAAAUAGUGUUAGCUGCAUGCACACAAUACCUUGAUGCUAAUGAUAACUUGUUAGCAAUAGAUGAAAACAAGGGGGCAUUUUUUAGAAAUGCUAUUGAAGAUAUGGCUACUCAUAGUUUGCGUUGUGUUGCUAUUGCGUAUAGAUCAUAUGAAAGUGAAAGGGUUCCAACUGAUGAAGAAGAACUUACUCGGUGGGCUUUACCUGAAGAUGAUCUUGUUUUGCUGGCUAUUGUUGGUAUAAAGGAUCCUUGCCGACCGGGUGUAAGAGAUUCUGUGCGGUUAUGCCAAAUUGCUGGUGUUAAGGUACGUAUGGUGACCGGUGACAAUCUCAAAACUGCUAAGGCAAUUGCUUUAGAAUGUGGAAUACUAGAAUCAGAUGCAGAUACCUCUGAGCCUAAUCUAAUUGAAGGGAAAGUGUUCCGUGCCCUAACAGAAGCACAGAGAGAGGAAUUUGCUGAGAAAAUAUCUGUGAUGGGGCGAUCAUCUCCUAAUGAUAAACUUUUGCUUGUACAAGCAUUGAGAAAGAAGGGACAUGUUGUUGCUGUAACUGGAGAUGGCACUAAUGAUGCACCUGCUCUACAUGAGGCUGACAUUGGCCUUUCAAUGGGUAUUUCUGGGACGGAAGUUGCUAAAGAGAGUUCAGACAUUAUUAUCUUAGAUGACAACUUUUCUUCAGUUGUUAAGUGUGAGAGGAUAAAGACGGCGAGUACGCCAUUUGUUUCUCACUCCGGCUGGCCAGGAGAGGUGGCGGGUUUGUGUCUAGCGGGAGGGAGUUGGUUUGUUCUACAACGGAUAAGAUAGACUGAUGGAAUCCAUCACUCUUGAUUUGUGUGUAGGGUCCAUCCUCUUUUUUGGCGCAACGAUUAAAACAGUUGACGAUUA